AUGAAGUUCUCGCUCCUCACCCUUCUCCCCCUCCUCGCUGUCGCCGCCGCUGCUCCCGCUCCCGCUGGUGAAGUCGCUGCUGGCUCGAACAACCUCGGCCGCGCUCCCGUCGAUGUUCCCGUCCAGGAGGAGCGCACCAUCGGCGCCCUUUCAGGCUCUGUCAGUGGUGUUAUCGGCGGCGCCGUCGGCAUCGUUGGUGGCGUUCUCGGCCCUGCCGUCAGCGCCGUCGAGGCCAAGUGCGGCAUUGUGGGAGGUGCCGCCACCUCGCUUGUUGGCCUCCUCUGUGGUAUUGGCUACAACCAGGGCGGCUACGUCGGCGGCUAUUCCGUCAACCAGUGGAAGGGCGUUGGCGGUCUCGGCUCUCUCCCGGUCACUCUCACCACCGAGCAAAUCACCAUUAUCAAGACUGAGAUCAUCCCCGUAAUUGGCACUUGUGUCCAGGGCUACGGCGGCAUCCAGGGCGGCACCUCCAGCUGGAGCUCGGGCGCUGCCGUCCAGUGUGUUGACAGCCUCUGGUGA